GAAGUCCAAAUCUAUGUCCAGUAUUAUGAUGCUGGAUUACAGUCUUGGGAUGUGGUUGCUGAAGACUUCAAAUGUCAUCAAAAAAAUGGUUUGACCAUUCCUCUGCCCCACCAGUUCCCGGUUGCCCCUUCACCAGUCCUUGAAAAUAGAUCUAAAAA